AUGGAAGUUCGCCAAUACGACGAUGAUACUCCUGAUCAAACUUGCAAUUGUACCGGAACAACCCCAGGGCCGCUUCCCUCCUCCGCUCAAUACAUCUGCUAUGAUUGGAGGCUCGGUCCGAAAGUACUUCCGAAAUAUCUUCCUCUUUCUAGCGAGCUAUCAUCUUAUGAUAGGUUUGGGGGAUUGACCCCAGGGGAAUUUCUCGCAAAGUGGUGGGAUAGCAGUAAAAGUCAAUUUAUAUACCCAGGGGAUGAAACCCAAGGGUUUUCAACGGACAUAAAUGGCAAAACUAUCAGCGGAGUGAUAAGCGUCCCUCCUAACACUUAUCUAGACAGGUUUGGAGGUGAAACUGGAAUGUUUCUGUCCUCCGCCGAUACGCCAUAUUCACAACGGUCUCUCCCGCCUUCGAACCUCAACACUCGGGUUGAAGAUCCCGGGUUUCCCAACGAAUACCAUGUCUAUCGUGUCACGAAGGACUUGCAGCUCAAUGCUGGACCCAUUGCACCUUGGUUCGGUCAACCAGGACUUGGAACGCAACUUUAUUCGGGACCUCGAACUGUUGCAGACUUAAUUAGUAACGGAACUCUAGAAAGGGUCGAUCCUUCUGUUCUGAUCUCCAACAGGCAACAAAAGGGCUGUGGAUACUAA